AUGGUCCGCAGUGCUCAGGCUAGUGUGUCAAGAAACUCCUGUCACUCUGGUAUCUGGACAGAUCCUCGUGUUGACCUCACCUUCAAAGCGAUCAACUGGGAACUUCUGGCAGACGUCGUAUGUCAACACUAUGAAGUACAAGAAGCAAACUGGGGUGAACGAAAAUCUGGCGGAUACAAUCUCGUUCGAUUCUUGCACUUGGAAGAUAAAAACAAGACCACUGCCGUCGUUCGAGUACCGCUCCACCCGGAAGAUGGCAUGACUCCGGAACGGGCACAGCUUAACGGCCAACGAAUCGCGAGUGAAGUUGCAACAAUGCAAUACAUCGAAGAGUUCACCACUAUUCCUGUGCCACAUGUCAUUCUUCAUAGCUCUGCUGCGGAUGGUGAGGGCGUGGGGUCAUCUUACAUUGUUAUGACCAAAGUGGAAGGUACUCUGCUCGCUGUAGAGUGGGACAAAAUGCCGGACGAUAAGCGGGAGAUUGUACUCCGACAGGUCGCGGACAUCUUGCUAGAGCUUGCAUCGCAUCGUUUCGAUAAAAUUGGUGCGCUCGUCAAAGGCGAAGGUGAGGGACGCGAUGCAUGGAAAAUCGAACCACUUUCCUGUGUUUGCGACCCCGACGGCGAGGAUUACGAUCCCAAUGCAUCAGAAAAGACGUAUUCUAGCGGAACAGACUACUGGAUCUCAAAAUGCAACGACAAGCUCAAGAAUAUUCAUGAAAACGACUUCGGGAGUGAAAACAAACUAUACAACUAUUCGUUUAUUUGGUUCUUGAGGUCGUUGAUUCCUGCGUUAUAUGAUGCCACUCUUGAUGAGUCCGGGUUCCCGUUGAUGCCCUCCGACUUUCACUCGCAAAACAUCAUGGUUAUGGAUGUCGAAACCUCACCACGGAUCACAGGCGUCAUUGAUUGGGAAUUCUGUUCCACAGCUUGCACAUCGUCCUUUGCGCAGUACCCUUUCUUCAUUGUUGAUCACCCCGCAUGGCGGGAUGAUCAUCCACAGAAACCUCGGAACGUCCGGGAUCAAGCCGCAUUCAAUAAAAUUAUCCUUGAAGCCGAGAAGAAGAGGGAUCCGAAUGGCGACCAGCCUCUCUCGCGAGCAUUUGCAAACUGCCAAGGCGUUUACCUCUUUGAGCAAUGCAUGUCGUCAAACUUAAUGUUCAACACGCUUUAUCCUCAGCUAUACUCGUACGUAUUCGGAGAUGAAGACGGGUUCUCGACGGACUAUUACUGGGCACUGUGCGAGCAUGGUAUUCUCCGAAGGGAAAUUAAACGAUUCGAAAAUGAAGUAGAGGUAUGGAAGGAGGCUAAGGAGGUCUUACGCGACGAGAUUGGCGAACAGAUAUUCACGAGAACCGAGUUUAGAAAGUUCGCACGGCAACACGAGGCUCGCUUUCCUGAUGGCGGAAAAGUGCAAGAGUGGCUUAAGACAGCAGUAUAAU